AACUAGGCUCUUAAAUCUCCACACACUUCUGGGGGAGUGGCUUCUGCUUAGCCCAGGAAGGGGCUUCCUGGGAGGAGGAGCUGGGCAUUGCCCAGCCUUAUCUGGGAACCAUCUCCUAGGGCCCCCUUAGUCUCCCCAACCCCACACGUCCACUGCUCAUCCCUCACCACGGAGGGGACCUUGCAGAAGCUAUGUCCCCUGAGCCAUCUCUCUGGCGGAGCAGUGAGUGGUUGGGGGCAGCCAAGGAAGCGAGCGAGAUAGGCCAGUGGGUGCCCAGUAGGUCUGUGCUUUCCAGAGGGGACGUUAAAGACUAGACUCAAGUGCACUUGCCAGGCCUGUGUGGGAAGACUUUGUUCUGGUGACAUCCAAAGCUGUGGGCUGCAGGCUGAUGGUGAUCUCAGACAACUCAUUAUUGGCAUUUGAUCAGGAAGUAUUUAUGGUGAAGGCCAUGGGGUUAGUGCAGCGUGGUUUGGGCUCCCACUGGAAAUAACCACCCAAAGGCCCAAGUGCAGGAAGGACUCCUGGGUGGCCUCAGGGUCCCAGGGUGGUGAGGGGUGAAGGAUGUCCUGUUUCUUGCUCUGGCAGGGUGGUGGUCCCACCAGCAGAGACUUGAGAUGAUGCCCCUCCCCCCACAUGGAGGGGAGGGCAUUGACUGGCUGGGUUCAGGACUACAGGACAGGCAUUUGUACCCACAGCCUCCCAGGCAGAGGGGGAGAAAACUAGGUCCCGGGGGGGCUGGAGGAGUGACCCCUGCGUCCUGAUGGGCCACCUUAUCAGCAGGUGCCAGGCGGGGCCAUCCCCGGGUGGGGGCGAGCAUCUCCCUGAGCUGUUAUCAGUCCCAGAGUCCACAGGACGCUCCUGGGUUAACGUGUAACCACACGCAGUCCUCUCCACCCCCAAAGCCAUUGGUGCCCACAUACAGGCCACUCGGGGGGUUACAGGCCGAUAUGGACGCCCGGAAAGAGGGUCUGCCCCGAAAUCCUCACCUCGCAGCCCAACAGCCACACCUGGGCAGGUGCCUGAGCCCUUUCUUCCUCACCUGCGUCACCUACUUCCUUCUCUGGAUCCCUGAGGACCAGCCAUCCUGGGUCGGUGCCCUGGUCAAGUGCCUGCCUGUGCUGUGCUUGGCGGGAUUCCUGCGGGCCUGCUCUGGCAGGGACUAUAGCUCUCUCCUGCAGGUGGCCCUGCUGCUCUCAGCCUGCGGAGACGUCUUUCUCAUCUGGCCCGAGGCCUUCCUCUACGGUGUGGCUGCCUUCACCAAGGCCCAGCUGCUCUAUGUCUGGGCCUUUGGCCUCAGACCCCUGCAGCUGGGCCUCCUGCUGCCCGUCGCCCUGGCCUCUCUCCCGUUCUACUGCCUCCUGCUCUUGCACCUCCCCCCCGACAUGGUCCUGCCCCUGACAGCCUACACCCUGGCCCUGGCUACCAUGCUGUGGCGCGGCCUGGCCAGGGGCGGGAGCGCCUGCUGGGGUGCACUGCUCUUCACCAUCUCGGAUACCGUGCUGGCCUUCAACACCUUCAUCCGGCCCCUGCCCCACGCCCGCCUGGUGGUCAUGGCCACCUAUUAUGCCGCCCAGUUCCUCAUCUCCCUGUCGGCCUUCCAGAGCCCCAGGCUCAAGACCAACUGACUAGGGGUCCAGAUAGGAAGGCGUCUGCCCUCUCCUGUCUUGCAAGAACCUGGACCUCUCAGAAGGGCGCAGUGAGGGAAACGCCCUUGGCUCGGAGCCAGGCUCCCAGACUCCCAUCUGCAGGUGGCGGUCCAUUUGGAGAUGUGUGGGAACCGUUUGCAGAAUUCGCAUCCACGCCAAGUUCCAAACACCCUCCAUUCUGAUUCCAGGCCCCAGGCCCCACAUCCAGGCCCCUGCCUGCUACUGUGACCCCAGGUGGCUUCCCACACCACCUACGCCCCUCCUUCUGGCCCUAAUCUAUUUUUUGUUACCUGAGUAAAGCUGACAUUGAAA